UUUGUGUUUAAGGACUGAUACUGGACAAGGGCGGGACAUUUGAACACGCCUUCAUGGUGGCAGCAUUCGUGAUUUUGUUGGGCGCGGCCCUGGGGAUGACCACGGUGGUGUUCCAGCCGACCAAGGACUGUCCAGAUGUACCGGAUGUGGAUCUCAUCGUCCCGAACAACCGGGAAGUAAACGAAACCACCUCGUCGAUGGUCGCCAGCGCUCAUAGUCAUAUCAAGCGAGGAGAUGACAUUGGAAACGAAAAACAGGAAACGGAAAGGCAGGAAUUUACUGCGGAGCAGAAGUCGCUCGUGUGUUCCGGCGCCGCAUGUUCCACACCCGACUCUGCGAGGGACAGCGUUUUUAUAAGUUCCGAAGAAGUAGACUUUUCUGUGGAGGUUCAAAAACUCCUGAAGGGUGAAGAUAUCAAGUUUAUUGAUGAAAAUGACUGAUAUUACGAAACGUUAAGUUACGUAUAUAAGUUAAGUCGAAGCUCGCUUUGCCGAAAUCGUUGAUACCUUGGGAAAUACUUCGAGGUGAUGAACAUUCGAUAAAACUGAAAUACAAAACAUGUCUUACUAAACCAAAUGCAAUCGAAAUGUUCGACAUAACCAGACCAUCGAGAUAACAGAGUUCGACAUAACGAGUUUCGACUGUAAUUAUUCUAUUAAAUUAAAUUCUAAACUAAGAUGCUCAAUGUACGUUUUGGAUACUGUAUGCACACAUGUACAUGUAUAUAUACACUGUUUUGUUCACCCGGGAACAUUUAAAUUAUCAUGAUUAUACUAUGUAUAAAGAAUGUAUUCCUAAAUGAUAUUAUGAACUUUCGAUUAUUGUCCGAUAGGAAGUCCGAUUUUCAAACACUAGUAAAAGCAUACAUCAUUUUUAAUAACUUUGGAUGCUUUGUGGUAAAAUGAGUUGAGACUGAGAUUGAGAUUUUCGAAAUAAUUGAGAUCUGGCUCCAAUAUCACAUAAAUACUUCAUAUUUAGACUCUCACAUAAAUGUAAUAACACACAUGCGUUUGGUAUUUAUAAGUACGACUGGUGUUUUUGCAACAUCCUUUCAUUUGAAUUCAAGUUUUGGCAUUGUACUUAUUUUAAGAAUUCAUAGCAAUUUUCAUCAGCUGAUAUUUAACUAAUAUAAAAUCAGUAAAAAGUAUAUUAGUGUUUUUUAAUAUUAUAUAUAACUUCAAACUUAUUUUUAUUUUUCUAUUUAUAAAAAAAGAUACAGUCAAUACUUGCUAUUUCGAAGUCGUUCGGGCCUCGACAAUAACUUCGAGACAACGAACAUUUGAUAUAACCGAAUAACAAAACACGUCUAACCAAACCAAACACAUUCAAAAUAAGUUCGACAUAGCCAGAACAUCGAGAUAACAGAGUUCGACAUAGCGAGUUUCGACUGUAUUAUGAGAUGUAUCCUAUAUUCAAACAUUGAAAUUACGUUCCAGCAUUUCUACUUGUUCAUGCGAAUGCCCGAGUUCUACGUUUCAUGUUACGUUUUGUACUUUUAUAAACCAUCUUGCACGUGCAAAUGGUGUGUUUUCCGUGCGUGCAAUUUGUUAUCAUGUAAAUUUACAAACUGAAUGUAUGUUGCAAAUAUAAAAUAAAUUAAAGAAUUAUAUAAAG